AUGAGCCGGCGCUGCCGCUCGGCCGCUGCGCUGCUGCGGGGGCUCGGCGGCCCCGCCGCGCUGUGCCUGGGCAGCGCCAUGAGCCUCUGUGGGGCGCCGGCGGGGCCUGCGGCCGGCGGCGGCGGCGGCGGGGGUAUCUCCGCGGCGCGGCUAAGCCCGCCGUGGCUGCGGCUGCCCGAGGUGCCGGGCGCCGAGCCGCACCGCACCAACGAGCUGCUGCUGCUGCUGCCGCCGCCGGCCCCGCGCGGCCCGGGCCCGUCGCCGCAGCACCACGUCGUGUACUUCCCGGGGGACGUGCAGAACUAUCAUGACAUCAUGUCUUGCCACCCAGAAAACUUUCAGUGGGAGCGCUGGAGUUUUGAAAAUGUUGCUACCAUACUUGCUGGCCGGUUCCCCAACAGCUUUAUUUGGGUCAUAAAGUGUUCUCGAAUGCACCUGCACAAAUUCAGUUGUUACGACAAUUUUGUGACAAGUAACAUGUUUGGAGCACCAGAGCACAGCACUGACUUUGGAGCAUUCAAGCAUCUCCAGGCUUUGCUAGUUAAUGCAUUCAGACUCUCUCAGAAUAUUCUGCUGUCCCAGAAAAGUGUGCACGGUGUCAGCAAGGAUGUAAAAAUAGCUGCUUGUAAAUCACAGCCGCAGUCUGUUCCUACAACAAAUGGCUGCUCAUCCAAAGAAAGGGAGAGAGACUGUGAAUGCUCUAAUAAUUCUGCUGUGAACUUCAUGGUACCAUCUGCUGUAGGUGCAGCAUCGUUUACUUUGAUUGGCUUCAGUAAAGGUUGUGUGGUUUUGAACCAGCUGCUUUAUGAGCUGAAGGAAGCCAAAAAAGACAAGAAUACAGAUGCCUUCUUAAGAAACAUAAAAGCAAUUUACUGGCUCGAUGGUGGUCACUCAGGAGGAAGCAAUACUUGGGUCACUUACCCUGAAAUGCUGAAAGAACUCGCAGUGACAGGAAUUGAAGUUCAUGCUCAUGUUACACCGUACCAAGUGUUUGACACAAUGAGGUCAUGGAUUGGGAGGGAGCAUGAGAAAUUUGUACAGAUACUUGAAGAAUUUGGUGUGGAAAUAAAUGAUCAACUGCAUUUUGCUGAUGAAGUUCCUUCCUUAGACAACCAUUUCAGAGUUCAUGAAGUAUUUUGA